AUGUCGUCGCCACCCCCUAUGCCUGAACAAGGUGACCCCGCCUUGAAAGACAUCGGCGUCGACGUCGACGUCGAUACCGACAUGGUCGACACUCAAGACGGCACCAGCACAACUGGACCAGCGAUCCACGCGCACAACGAGGCUGCUUCGUCUGCGACGAUGGACCAACAUUCGACGCAGCAGUCUGAAAUACAGCCUGCGACCGCCACGGGGUCGAGCCUGUUACAGCAGAACCGCAAGGACGUCACGUUACGCGAGUUUCUGAGCAAGAUGGAUGAUUAUGCGCCGAUUAUCCCCGAUGCAGUCACAGCACACUACCUGGCUCUAUCUGGUCUUCCACCCCCGUCGCCGGCCGACCCUACCGGCGCCAGCACAAACACCACUCCUCUACCUCUCGCUCGGCUUUUGUCCUUGGCUACUCAAAAAUUCGUUGCCGAUAUUGCUGCGGAUGCGUACCAGUACAGCCGGAUCCGGUCGUCUAAUUCUGCCACUGCAAACAACCCCCUAGGUAACACCGGUAUUGGGGCGGGCGGUGGCCCUGGUGGCGCUGGAGGGGUCGGCGCAGGCAGUACUGGUCUACUGGGGAAGUCUCAGCAAGCGACGCAACUGGGAGUUCAGCGGAGCGGGUUUGGAGGUGGUGGCCUAGGCGGGAGUGGUCAGGGAAAGACUGUUUUGACCAUGGAGGACUUGGGUAUGGCGGUUCAGGAAUAUGGCGUCAAUGUCAAGAGGGGUGAGUUCUACAGAUGA